GUCCUUUCCAUUUAUGUAAAUCAAACAAGGGAUCUUUCUUCUCCACUCUACUAAUGGAAGCUGUGAUCUGCUACUGAUCUCAUUUUUCCAUUUCCAUAUACAACUGUACUACUACAUAAAUUCUUCAUCAAUAUUUGUAUACUUUUGUUAUAAUCCAUGGCGGAUCCCUUCAAACUCCAACACCGAAAACUUGAAUACAAGCGUUUGAUUCCGUCAUUUCUGUUGUCUCAUCGCACUCUUCUUACUGUUCUCUGGAUCGUCGGAUUUAUUCUGAUCGUUGUUUGGCAAAGGACUGCAGUGGAACGGCUUCUGAUAUAUCGAGGUAUGGCAUCACCUACCAGACCUAUCCCUAAGCUACGGCCUCUAGUCUUCAAUCUCUCCGAUUUCGGUGCUGUUGGCGAUGGCGUUACGAUAAACACAAAGGCAUUUGAGAAGGCAAUUUCGGAAAUUCGGAAGCAAGGUGGUGGCCAGCUCAAUGUUGAGCCUGGUCAUUGGCUUACUGCGCCGUUUAAUCUCACGAGCCACAUGACGCUCUUCCUCGCUGAAAAUGCAGUUAUUCUUGGAAUUGAUGAUGAGAGCUAUUGGCCACUACUGCCUCCUUUGCCAUCAUAUGGGUAUGGAAGAGAACGUCGUGGGCCACGUUAUGGAAGUUUAAUCCAUGGGCAAAAUCUUAAGGAUGUUGUCAUAACAGGGCAUAAUGGUACCAUUAAUGGACAAGGCCGAUCAUGGUGGGAGAAAUACCGCAAAAAACUUUUGAAUCACACAAGGGGGCCACUUCUUCAACUCAUGUGGUCAAGAGACAUUUACAUUUCUGAUGUUACAUUUCGGGAUUCUCCAUUCUGGACUCUUCACCCUUACGACUGCCAAAAUGUUGUUAUAAGAAAUGUAACAAUUCUGGCUCCAUUGACUGAGGCCCCAAACACUGAUGGAAUAGACCCUGAUUCAUGCGUGGAUAUGGUGAUAGAAGAUAGUUAUAUAAGUGUUGGGGAUGAUGGAGUCGCAAUCAAGAGUGGCUGGGAUCAGUAUGGAAUUGCAUAUUCCCGUCCGUCUUCCAAUAUCACUAUCCGUAACCUCAUAGUGCGCUCAAUGAUUAGUGCUGGAGUAUCAAUUGGAAGUGAAAUGUCUGGUGGAGUGUCAAAUAUAAUAGUGGAGAACCUCCUUAUAUGGAACUCAAAAAGAGGAAUAAGAAUUAAAACUAGCCCUGGCAGGGGUGGUCAUAUCCGACAUGUUAUCUACCGCAACCUGACACUACAGAAUGUUCGUGUGGGCAUUGUAAUUAAGACCGACUACAAUGAGCAUCCUGAUGAAGGCUAUGAUCCAAAUGCUCUUCCCGUUAUUGAGGAUAUAAGCUUUACUGGUAUUCGUGGGGAAGGAGUUCGAAUUCCAGCACGUAUUUAUGGGAGCGCUGAGAUUCCUGUUCAGAAUAUUACUUUUCAGGACAUGUCUGUAGGAAUAACAUACAAGAAGAAGCGUAUCUUCCAAUGUUCUUUUGUUCAAGGACGUGUUAUUGGAAAAAUCUUCCCUGCUCCAUGUGAGAAUCUUGAUUGGUAUGAUGAUGGAGGAAAACUAAUUAGGCAAUCAACAAAAAAGAAUACAAAGGACUUGGAUUACGAUGGUUGAGACAAAGGUGCUUUAUUCCUUAA